CGCUUACCGCCAUUUGUUAGGGAUUUUCGUUUAAAAAUGCGGUAUUAAUUACGUUGGUAAUAAAAUCUUCGCCAUUACGCGUACCUGUAUUUAGCCGUUUAGCGGUCUUUUGUGUUUGCUUCUCAAGUUUUACGAAAAGUAUUGAGUAUGGGUAAAAACAAAAAGGCGGACAAAAGCAGCGACUCCGAGGAGGAGUACUCGGUCGAGAAGAUUAUCGAUAAAAGGAUAGUAAACGGUAAAGUCGAAUAUUUCCUCAAAUGGAAGAAUUACUCGGAGACCGACAACACCUGGGAGCCGGAGGAUAAUCUCGACUGUCCCGAUCUAAUCGAAGCCUUCGAAAAGACAAGGCGCGAGAAGAAGAAAGCUAGCAAGGAUAAAGACAAAAAGCGGCGCAAUUCCACUUCCUCAGUCGCAUCUGAUGCUUCCGAUACAAAGAGUGAUAAGAAGAAGGAGAAGGACAAGGAAAAGGAGAAGAAAAGCGAAAGAAAAUCUCGUCGCGUGUCCACUGACUCUGAGAAGUCUAAUGUAUCAGAAGCAAAGAAGAAAGAGUCCAAGAAACGUACCCGUUCCUCGUCCUCAGAAAAAUCAGACAGCGAAGUAAAAAAAUCUAAAAAGAAAGAUGAUAAGUCUGCAAAGAAAGUUAAACGUACGGAAUCAUCUGAUUCCGCCAAGUCACACUCAGACACAGAGGCCAAGUCCAAAUCUGAUAAAAAGAAAGAUGAUAAGAAAGGCUCAGAAUCCGACAACGAAGGGGAGAAAGAGAAGAGGAAGAGCAAGCCAGAUAAGAAAAAACGCGCGGCGUCUGAGAGUUCAGAUUCCGAUGUCAAGGAGGUCUCCCCCAAGAAAAAAGAAAAGUCAAAGUCAGAUUCGAAAUCGAAGCGAAAACGUGCAGUUUCUGAAAGUUCAGAUAAGUCCGACGAUAGCGAGAAACCUAAGCGCAAAAGUGACAAGGGUAAAAGUGACACUAAGACCGAUAAAAAAUCGAAAUCCAAGAGUUCCAAAUCCGAUUCCAAAACUGGAUUUGAUCGGGGGUUGGAGGCAGAAAAAAUUAUUGGCGCAUCCGAUACGACCGGUGAGCUAAUGUUCUUAAUGAAGUGGAAGGGUACAGAUGAUGCUGACUUGGUUGCUGCUAAGAAGGCCAAUGUAUUAUGUCCCCAAGUAGUCAUACAGUUUUACGAAGAAAGACUUGCCUGGCAUUCUCCUGACGAACACAAUUAGUCUUGUUUUAAGUUGGAUAGUUGCGUCUUUUUAAUCGUUGAGUUGCUUUGCAGUCUCAUUUUACCUUUAAGAGGAAAGAAAUUCAUUUCUUCUAUACUUUCACUUUCUUCUGACAGAUGUUAUUUUUCGUAUUCAUUUAAGACUACAUUAAAAAGUUAUGUGUAAUGUAUUCAACGUCAGAUCGUACUGUAUGUCACUGUUCUCAGCAGUAAGUGUAACUUUAAGAGUUAAAUAAUAUAGUUUCUUUUGUAAA